AUGAUUUGUGUCGAAUGUGGACAUCGCAAUAUACCAAACUUAUACUCCAAGUACAAGAGCGAAUAUGUGAAACUUACAGUCUGCGAUGCAUGCAACAAGAUUUGUGAUAAAUACAUCGAGUAUGAUGCUGUUAUAUUGUUUCUUGAUAUCUUGUUAUUAAAGAAACCGGCAUACCGGCAUUUGGCAUACAAUUUGACAGAAUGGCAAAUCCACAACCAUGGCAAUUUCAGUUCGAAAUAUCAAAACUUGGUUCGGUUGAUUGUAUUGAUCAUUUUGUUUGAUGUGUACUUGACAUGGGCCACGUGUGAAAGGAACCAAUUUUGGCUUCAAGAAGAAGCUUACGAUGGAGUCACGCAAUUGGUGUUGCAACUGAGCUUAAUCAGCCAGUACAUGUUUUUCAUAAUUGUCAUAAGCUUACGUCACCUUUUGUUUAAUGUGGUUAUGCAAUGCAUUCUUCGUGGGUCGUAUGGCUUUGGCAAUUGGGUAAACACGGUUAUUCUGGAACGCGAUCAAUGGGGCUACGUCACAGCGGUGCUCUUAACUACAAUCAUGUGCUCGGGCUCAGUGAAAUUGUUCCGCAUAUUGACAUUGAUUUGGCCGUAUGAUAUAUCGAUACCGUUUCGAGCAUUUGAUGCGAUUGGGUUUGUUUACGUAAUUGAGGCAUUACAUAUUGUGACAGGGCUAGCCUACACGUCAAUUGUAACAACGGUGCUGGUUUCGUCGUUGCUACUGUAUCUUGCUGUCGCCUGGAGUAAACGGGUUGUAGUAGGUUAUAUGUAA